AUGGUGCCUACCGAAGACAGUCCGCUCGCCGCUGCAAAGAGGGCUCUGAAUACCUUACCAAGCAGGCUGAACCUUUAUAGGACCAGCGUUGCGUACCAGUUGCCUUCUGACAUCCAAACAAAAAUCAUCGUCCUCUCGGACACCCAUGGCGAACCUCUGAAGCGCAAAGUCAACACCACAGCCGACGUCGCCAUCCACUGCGGAGACCUCACCGACGAGUCCAAACUGGACGAAUUCAAGGCCACCAUCGAGCAACUGAAAGCCAUCGGCGCCCCCAUCAAGCUCGUCAUCGCCGGCAACCACGACUUCACACUCGACGACAACGCAUACGCCUACACUCGGAACGAAGUCAAGCGCACCAUCGACGACGCCGCACUUACAAGGACAUACGGCUCCAUUGGAGAAGCCAGAGUACUUUUCGAGAGUGAGGAUGCCAAAUCCGCAGGUAUCGUCUUCCUCAGCGAAGGUACCCACAAGAUCUCACUCAAAAAUGGCGCACUCCUGACCGUCUAUGCCAGUCCUUACACGCCAUCCAAGAGCAGCGGCUGGGGCUUCCAGUAUGACCCUCAACAAGGCGAGCACCACUGGGAGAUCGAUAGCUCGGUCGAUCUCGUCAUGGCUCACGGCCCUGCGCAUGGAGUUCUCGACUACACCGGAUCAAGACAACGAGCUGGAAGUCCGAGUCUCUUCGCCGCUAUCGCGAAGGCCAAACCGAAGAUGCACUGCUUCGGCCACAUCCACGAAUCCUGGGGUGCCAAACUGGUCACAUGGCGACCAGAGACUUCCGACGAACCUUCGCACUUCACCGACAUCGACAACGAUCGGUCGACGCUGAUCGAAAGCCGUGCGACGCUUCACAACGGCAACUUCGACGACCAGGAGCUACUGGAUGCUAAGGCAGCAAAGCGGACAACCUUCUACGAACAGGGUUAUCGGGACAUGAAUGACUCGAUCACAGCCAACGAACAGACGCUGUUCGUCAACGCGGCUAUCGAGGGUGUGGAAGAAGACGAGCAGCACCUGCCCUGGCUUGUCAACGUCUCGCUGCCUGUUCUCGAGAUUAGCAAGACAGACGACGCCGGUACAGCGGAUGAAGUGGCCAUCAGAGGGGUUCGGGAGGCGGAGAAGGUGGGGGAGCCGGAUUCGGUUCUCGCUGCCAGCAAGAAGAGGAGAGCGGAUGCAAUGGCCGGCGAGGCAUUGGCUGGAGGCUCUUGCGCGGAGAAUGGCAGGUCGGCGAAGCGGCGCGCUGUGCUUGGGUGGGGGCAUAGGAGUCUGCGGAGGAGAAGAAGGGAUGCUCUCACUUAG